UCCUGUAACUGAAGCUGCUGAGGAGAAAUGGAGCCGCGGGUCAGCGUCGCUGGUUGGGUUAGUUAGCUGGUUAUAUGCUAAACGCCGGCUAGUUAACGGACACAGGUUACCGUACGAUGACUGAAGAGUGACAUCUCGCGGUGUUUAGUCGGCGGUGGGAGCGAGAUGACCGUCCGCUUCAAGUGUCAGAGUGAAUACCAGAAGAGCUACAGGGUGUCCCGGUCCAGAAGUGUCUCUCCUCAGCGUUCUGCCCCUAGCGCUGGUCUGCGUUCUGAUCAAAUGGGGAUCAGCAGAGAACCAUGUCUGCAGCGUCGGAAGAAGCUCGAUCGAGGUGGACUCGCUCAGUCCUGCAGCUCUCUGCUCUCUCCACAAGAAUCACAGCAGACUUGCCAAGCACUGAAAACAGCUCCCCCUGCUGCCUGCAGGAGUCGUUCAUCCCAUAGUAGGGAGUCUGCACUUGAUUUAAAAUCUCAGAUGCCUCCUGAUGCUGGAGCUGAAUCGGGACCUGCUGCAGAGCCUGAAACUCCCGCAGGACCUCGACCUGCUGCAGACCCUGAACCAUCACCAGAACCAGAAGCUUCUGAAAAAUCAGCGCAGCCCCGCCCAUCCAAACAUGACGGCCAACCACAGCCGAGCCGACCUCCAACAGCAGUGGCCAACGGACCGACGCCCUCCAACGAGCAUGCUCUGCGGUGGAGGGCGGGGCUUAGGUCUGGAGGUCAGAGGUCAAGAGGUCACCAGACAGAGUACAACAGACAGUUCAGCUGGAAGAAACCAAUAGCUGCUGCUUCACCUCUGCUGACUGCAGAACAGAUGCUUUACUCCAGCAACCGGUCUGUGCCUCCCUUCAAGAAAAACCCUGUCCUUGUGGAAACAGAGUACCAGCGGAGCUUCCAGGGUGUGGCCCCGACCUCUGGACCCCGCCUACGGAAACACCUGGAACAACAGCGGAUCCCCCUGUUCCACACUCACAUGAAGCACAAAAAGAGGAGGGAACGGUCAGAAAACAAGCCCCAUCCCUCAGAAGGUGGCUCCUCCCCCCUAAAAGAUGAGACCACGCCCCCUCCUCCUUCACAGGUGCACAGAGGACACAGGAUUCUGACAGAAUAUGAGUCCAGCUUUCGUUCUCCUCUCUGCAGGAUCCCAGAAGAGGGCGGAGCCACGAAUGGUGACACCCCUCAGGUGACCGAGCUGAGGCAGAAGGCUUUAUCUUACCGUCAGCGAGCGUGGGGAGCGAAUUUCUCCAGAGAUCACCUGAGCCAGCUCCUGUCUGAACACAACGCUCUGUGGGAGCCGACUGACACCACCUCGGACUCAGCUACCGUCCCGCCCAGCCCCCGCCCGGCAUCCGAACCCCGUCCCGAUCCUGACAGCUGCAGCUCGUCUCAUGUGGAGGCUCUAGACCUGCCCAGUCGUUCCAGCAGCUCCAGUAAGAGAUCCUCUGUUGUGGGUUCAGGAGAAAAUCUGAAUAAAAACACACAAAUAAAAACACAAACACCUCAGAGUCCUGCGGCUGGAAGACGCACAGCCUGGGGAGAAGAAGAGGAAGAAGACAACACAGAUGAGGAGGAAGGCCGUUUACCGACUCCCAGGCUGAAGCUGCUGCCGGUUCAGAGAACUCACCACGAUCUCACCACACCAGCCACAGGAGGCGCUAUACUGGUGGGGAAAGUGAAAGGCAAUGAUGGGUCAUCUCCAUUCAAACAGAGGUCUGCAUCAGCUGUUUCCAUGGCAGCAGGGGCAGAGACAGCAAUCGGUGUUCCAAGCAAACCUAAGGAGGCAUGGUCAGAGAAUAGCCCCUCUCGUCACACAUCCUCAGGCCCCUCUCCUGAGCAAAAACCAGCUGCCAGUCCUCCCUCUAAGCCAAUCAAAACAAAGCAAAUGUCUCCAUCUCCUGUAGCCCCGCCUCCUCUGAUCCCACCUCCUCUGCACGGCAUCCAUGGCACCCUGAGACACCCUGACUUCCAACACAACGGUGAGCUCGGCGCGAGAUUCAGAGAGCGGCCAUGUUCAGGAGGCGGAUGUGGAUCAGACGAAGACGACCGGCUGUCUGUGAUGUCAUGGCGCUCUGCAGCCUCCUGCUCCAUGGCGUCCGCUGUGCUGGAGCGCGCUCAGAAGAGACGAGACAACUUCUGGGGAAAAAGAUGACGUCUGACCUGCUGACCCUUUCACCUACUGACAAUCUCCUUUAUCAAUCACUGCUGUACAGUAAUUAGAAUAAUGAAUUUUUUAGAUUUAUUAAUUAUUGUUAAUUCUUACAACACAGUUUUGUAGGAGAUAUUUUUAUAAAUGUAGUAAUUAUGUGUAUUUAUUAGUAGUUAUUUUAUCAAAAGUGUGACACAAAACCAUAAAAGUGUCAAAAACAAGA